GUGUUGCACUCAUAUUUUAAAGGAGAGUUUACCAUAUUCUAAUAUCAAUCCAGAUCUUCAUCAAGAUUUACAUAAAUAUGAACCAACUUCCUGUAUAUUUACUAAAUGGUUUAAUUUUACUCAUCAGAAAAUUAUUUGUGAUACAGCUAAUUAUGGAAUAAGUAAAUAUGAUCAAAAGUUUGUAUCUUAUGAUUAUGCCCCUACUAUUGAUUUUUAUGAUACCUAUAUCGAUGGAUUUAUUUUUAUAACAUCCAAUGGAACAAUAAAUAUUUGUAUAAUUGAACCAUCAAUAAAUGAAUCAAAUUUAUCUAAAAAUUUUGCUACUAAUGAUUGCCAUCAAGAAGAGGACAAUGAAAAGAUAAUUCAAGUAACCUACAACAAUGCAAGCAAUUCCCAAACAACCCAACAAUAUUAUACUUUGUUUAAAAUAAUUUUCAAAGAUUACCAAAAUUCUUAUGAUAUAGCAGAUAUAUCUUUUAACCAAGAUGGAUCAUUUAGAGUAGCAUUGUCAUCCAAACACAUCAAUUCACCUGUUAUAUUUUAUGACAUACGGAUUUCCAAAAAAUUUAAUAAUUGGGAUCAUAAGGUCAAAAGGAUCAAUGGAUUUUUCCCGUUCCUACAUUCUCUCAAUGCCGCAAAGUCAACUAAUAAUGCUAAAAAUUUUAAAAGUCGCCUAAUAUUUUUGCAAAACGAGCGAAUCAAGUCUGAUUACAUCAUGGUCCUAGCCAAUUCACAAAAUAAUAGCGUGAUAGAGAUUUGGAAAUGCUCCGAUAGCCUAAGGAACGUGCACAAAGGAUUUCCAACAGACAAAAAGUUAAACCCGCGAAAAAUAUCGUCAUGGGAAUUACUAAGCAUAUACAAACCGGAAAUGGAUAAUAUAAAAUUGGCUUCUCCCCUUUUAGUCAUAUCCACUCGCGUUACCGAUACGGAUAAAGCCAGGGAAAUUUCACUGAACAUAACAGUUUUAAUUUGCGUUGUCAAAUCGGAAAAAAAUUCUACAAGGACUAAUAUUUCAACUAACAAUGAAUGUGAAGAAGUGAACACGCUUUUGAAUAGUUCGGUUAAGGCAGAUUACGAGCUCAGAGUACUAGAAUGGAAGUGUUUGUCAGGAUCCAGCGAUAUUAAUUUGAAUAAUAAUACCAAUAGUAAUCUAACCUACUUUGCCUCUUCUAAAAAUUCUUUGGAAGUAAAUUCUAGCUCCGCCGGGGGUCCUAACAAGAAAAAUGGUGUCAGUUUUACUGUGAUCAAAUCUCAAGAAUUAUUUUGCACAAAUUCAGGAAAUGGAGUUAAUGAAUAUAAAAAGUUAAAAUUGGAUUUAAAUGAAAAUUCAAUCGAUAUUACUACGAACACUUUGGAUGAAAUCAAAACUGACAAUCACAACAUUGGAUUAUGCUUAAGUCCUCAUAAAUCUUUGAUUGUUUUAUCUGCUCCAUACACAGCUCUCUCAUUUAUACCUCAUGGCACCUUGCGAUCAGACACCAUUUUAAUUCGGGAUAUCUUAGAUUUGCAAAAGGCUUCAAGAUUCCAGGUCAUCCAAUGCUUGCUUGAAAUGACGCUACUCGACAAGUUAGGUCCCGAUGACGUAUUUCACUCUAUUUUAGAUACCGAACAUAGUCAAAGUUUGGGUGUUUACGAAUAUGUAUGGAAAUUUAUAUUGGCAUUAGCGCAAGGUUUUGUUAACCACCAAUCCCCGAUCGUUCAAAAUGCCCUGCGAUAUAGGCUGAUAAGACUCAUCUUUAAUUUGAACAAUUUCCUCGGCAACCAUAUUCGUGACAACAAGACCUGCUAUGCAAUUGGUCCUAAAGAUAACUCCUUAAAACACUAUUCUUCCCUUCUCUCUUCCAAAUGCAAAGAUGUUCUGCAAUUACUUGAAAUGAAAGAUAUUUUAUGCUUGGGCCUUAGUCAAACCUACAAAUGUAUUUCAUAUUCAACUAUUUUAGAUUUCGUACAACAUGGCACUCCCCAUUUAAGUGAUAUUUCGUCUACUCGCCACCACAUUUCCAGUCGCUUUCUGGGGAUUUUAUCAAAAACGAUUUCGAGAGUUUUCGAUGUUUCGUCGCGAAUUUUAUUGCCCUUCGCCGUAUUAGGCUUGCGAGAUAACUUUAUGAAUGAAGGAUUGAUUAAGGAAAAGGAAAAAAAGAAUAUCCUAAAUUUCGUCGAUUGCUAUACACAAGAUAAUUAUUCCCGACUCAUAGACAUUUUCGCUAAAAUGGGAGAAAUAGGAGAUUCGAGAGAUCCAUUUGCCUCCUUAUUUAAUCCUAAUCAUUCUUCGUUCGGCAACAUAAACACGCAAACUAUUAUAACCACCUGUUGCGCCUUAUCUCUCAUAAUAAAAUUGCUCAGCGAAACGUCCUUGACUUUAACCAUACCAAACGUUCAAAUCGUCAGGCUACAUAAUCUCCUACUUGAGUUAAACCGAGUUAUGGCGGAGAUUAAAAUUAGCGAGCACAAUGCUUACCUGACGAAUAAAGCGAUCGAUGAUAAUUUGUCGCCUAACGUUCCUUCGCAUACUUUUGCGUUUGCUCUCGACGAUAAAUUCAUUUCCGGUAUCUUUCAAAAAUUGGGACCUUAUUAUAAAAACGAGUUAAAGCGUUUCUACAAAGAAUACACUCCUAAUUGGGCCUUUUCAGAUACCAACAACGAUUCCUACAGUUUUCUAUCGCUUCCCAUCUCGAACUCCCUAGCCACGCGAAGGGAUUCCUCUUCUAUUUCUAAGAGAAAAUAUUUUGCAAACGAAAUUUUCUCAAUUAUUGACCAACAAUGUGAAGAAUAUGUAGAUGCUAACGAUUCUGAUCAUUUUAACGAAAGACGAUGCAUGUCUUGCGCAUGCGUCACAACAAUUCCUUUUGAAAUUUUGGCGAGAAAAGUCGCGCAAGAAAAAUCACUUUCAAAUAUAGACCGAAAUCAUGACAAAAAUGAAAAGAUCGAUAAUGAAGAUGAAGAAUUCGAUUGUUAUAGUGCAAAAGGAAGUCUAAAACAAGGAAAGGAAGGGAGCUCAAAUUGGGAUGGAAUAAAUUACUUUGGAAUGAAGAAUUGUUUUUGCAAUAAUCCUUGGAUAGGAAUAUAAAAAAAACUAUUAAUUUUUCGAAAUAUUAUUUGAAUAAUUGGCUUUUUUGGUCAAUAUAUUUUGAAUAUAGUUACUUGA